AUGAAUAGCUCAAUAGUUCAAUUGUUAGCUUCCAAAAAACUUAAUGGCGAUAAUUAUGCGGCAUGGACAUCAAAUCUUAACCCAAUUCUAGUAGUUGACUAUUUGAGAUUUAUCUUAACUGAGGAAUGUCCUCAAACCCCUGCAUCUAAUGCUAACCCAACUAGUCGGAAAGCAUAUGAUCGAUGGGUAAAGGCUAAUGAAAAAGCUUGUAUCUACAUUCUUGCCAACAUGUCUAAUCUUUUAGUAAAGAAACAUGAAUCCUUAGCCACCACUAAAGAAAAUAUGGAUUCAUUAAGGGCAAUGUUUGAGUAA